UAGCAGCUCCUCGCCGUCCACAAGCACCAGUGACCAGUUCGUCUCCCGGAUAAGACGAUAAUUCGAGCCAAAAAAGUAUCAUCGCACAGACACACAGCUACACAACACAAGGCAGCGCGCGCGGGCGUCGUGUCUCGUCACACAGCCCAAGGCCACCGCACCGCGCUUGCGCAUCGCCGGCAGGUAUGGGAGCAACCAUGCACCUCACCGGCGUCCUCGGCGUGUCGUCGCCGCCUCUCGCUCCGUCCCACUGCAGCUGCAGCGGCGCCAAGAAGCAGAGCUGCUCGCUGCGCCCGCCGCGGCGGCAGCAGCAGCAGCAGAGGAGGCGCCUCCGCGUCGCCCGCGCCGUCGAGGUGGGCGCGCCUUCCGCCGGCGCGCCGGAGCCGGAGCAGGUGGAGCCGCCGUCCAUCGACUUCGCGUUCGUCAGCCCGCGGCUGCUGCCGGACGGGACGCCGGACGUGCACUACCGGACGGCGUGCGGCGGGCAGAAGCUCAGGGACAUCAUGCUCGACGCCUACAUCGACCUCUACGGGCCCUACGAUAAGGUUCUUCUCAACUGCGCAGGGGGCGGCGUGUGCGGGACCUGCCUCGUCGAGGUGGUUGAAGGCAAGGAAAUGCUAUCCCCGAAAACUGAUGUGGAGAAGGAGCUGCUCAAAAGGAAACCCAAGACGUGGAGAUUGGCAUGCCAGGCAACGGUAGGCAAUGCAGAUUCAACUGGACAGAUGAUCAUUCAACAAUUGCCAGAGUGGAAGAUACAUGAGUGGGACAAGUAGGAGCUACUACUGAUCUUAAAGAGUACUGUCGUGGCCAUAUUAUAGAUUACAUGCAAUGGAAGUGGGGAAAAAUAAGAAGCAGUUGAUCAGUAGAAGAGCUGGUGCAGAUUGAUGAAGCCUUUUCAUACUCCAAAGUCCAAACAAAAUCCUGGCCAUUUUUUUCACCAUUUCUAGCAACCGAAUGGAGUAUGGAUCAAUUUAGCCCCGUUCUGUAAACUGUUCCCUUAUAUAUAUUAAAAAAACAAACGCAACUUGUUCAUGAUCCUCAAAAGACAUGUUUUUUUUUUCUGAAAAAACUGUUAGCUCUGCUA